AUGGCGGCCGCCUGUCCCUGCAGGCCGAUUGCUCCCGAGACUGCUGCCGCCCGGCUCAUGGGUGUCCUGUGGUUCGUAUCAGUCACCACGGGACCUUGGGGAGCUGCCGCCGGGGGUGCUGAAGAAACACUUAAGUGCGAGGACCUCAAAAUGGGGCAAUAUAUUUGUAAAGAUCCAAAAAUAAAUGAUGCUACACAAGAACCAGUUAACUGUACAAACUACACAGCUUAUGUUCAGUGUUUUCCAGCACCUAACAUAAUUUGUAAGGAUUUUGGUGGCAACGAAACACAUUUUACUGGAAGCGAAGUUGGUUUUCUCAAGCCUAUAUCUUGCCGAAAUGUGAAUGGCUAUUCAUACAAAGUGGCAGUUGCACUGUCUCUUUUCCUUGGAUGGUUGGGAGCAGAUCGAUUUUACCUUGGAUACCCUGCCUUGGGUUUGUUAAAGUUUUGCACUGUGGGGUUUUGUGGAAUUGGGAGCCUAAUUGAUUUCAUUCUUAUUUCAAUGCAGAUUGUUGGACCUUCAGAUGGAAGUAGUUAUAUUAUAGAUUACUAUGGAACCAGACUUACAAGACUGAGUAUUACCAAUGAGACAUUUAGGAAAACACAGUCAUAUCCAUGAAUACUGUUUAAAAGAAACAGUAAGUGAUAUGUGAUUUGGGCCUCCUUGAUUUUAAUAGAGAACUCUCAAUAUAUAAGACUUCCAGAUUUUUCUUUCUUCAAAUACCACUUUAUGGAUUCUUUUUAAUUUUUUGUUGUUGUCGAUGUUUUUGUUUUGUUGGUUUUUGUUAAAAACAUAUUGUUCUGAGAUUUAUUUAAUAGAACUUGUUUGAGAGCUGUAUGAUAAUAGAGUCUUUCUUAGGCUGCUGUCUCUAUGAGAUAGAUAGAUGAUUACCCUGAAAUUAAUGUCUUUUCGAAAGGCAAGUCACCACUUGUCCUUUCGCUUCUGAAAAAUAAAAGUUUGACUUACUCACA